UCUUUUCUAGUACUUUAUAGACUCCUUCGUCUCCCUUCCCUAUUCCUCUUCCUCUUCCGCUUCCACAUCCCCCCCCUCUCUCUUCGCCAUUGCCGAGCUCUCGAGAUGAAGCCCGACGAUAAGCGCCGAGUUCAACCCUCAGGUGGAGGAGGAGGGAAGGGGUACGUGUGCCACGCGUGUGGGUGGGCGUGCACGAACCCCCACCCCAGCGCGAAACAGCGGCGGUCGCACCGGAAGCACUGCGGGAAAUCGGCGGCGGCGGCGGCGGCGGAGGGACGGAGGAGGGUUUCAGAUGAGGAGCUCUCCGAUGAGGAUCGGCGCAAGAAGGAUGGUGUAGAUGUGUUGGUGGAAGGAGAAUCGGAGGACAAUGGGGGAGGAGAGAAGGAGUUCGAUCGUAACGGAUCGGAUGGAGAGACAGGUUUUGGUGGAUUGGGUGGAGAUUGCGGAGAUUUGGAGAAAGUGAGAGAUAACAAUCUUGAUAGUCUUCUGCAACUGCAUUCUCUUGUUAAUGAUGACUGCAAUACAAAAUGCAGCGAAAUCCAACUAACCACUCGUGAGCACUUGGCAGGUCAUGUAGUGCUCAAUAAUUUACAGAUGGAUGGCACUGAAACAACAACAUUUGAUGAUGAUUGUGGAGAGGAAGAAGAAGUGUUCAAUAAACAAGGACGACAGCAUGUUACUAUGAAUGCCGAACUCAACGAGUCAGCAGAGAAUGCAGAUAAUAAGGACACUGUCCGUAUUCCAACUGCGUCUGUUCUCUCUGGUGAUGCUACUAAUAUUUCCUCUUUUAUAUACUCUGAGGUAGACAAUGUGGAUAAGCGUGUAGAGAUUAGUGUGCCGAUGAAUCAUGCAAAUGGUGUUGAAACUAUGAGGAAUGAUUUUCCUACUGAAAUUGAUCCACACACAAAUGGAGUUAUUUUAUCCACAUCAUCCGGUGAGCAAACUUGGGCCGAAAUGCCUCAUAAUGAAUCCUUAUGUCGGUCUUCAUCGGAAAUUAAUGCACGUGAGCAUGUAGAUGAUUCUGUCUCUGGAAAUGAAGGAAAGAAUUUGAAUGAUUUAUCAAUAGCAUCAAACGCACCUUCUAAGGAUAAUUCGCAGGUUGUCGGAUCAUUUCAGGAUAAAAAUUUUCCCAUUGAAUCUGAUGAAAUAUUUGAUUCUGUUGGUGCGAAAGCUAGAGAUGUGCUAGAAAGUCAUGUGGAAGGUGAAGUUCCGGAAAUGGUUUCAUCAGUAUUUUCCCUUCGAAAAUCAGAUGAAUUUACAGGCGAGGACCCUUUGAAUGAAAAAGUUCAUGAAGUCAACUCUCUGCAUGAUCAGUCCUCUGAUGCUGCUGCUAUUGAUUAUUCUACCAACAGGCAUAUUAAAAAUAAUACAUCUCCAACUGUUACAGAAGUUGACAUUGAGUCUGCAUCAUCUCUUGGAAAUUCUGGAGGUUGCGAAGGUCUUGGAUCUCUGGGGUUAAAUUAUAACCAAGUUAAUUCAUGUUCAACAGUUGGAGAUUCAUCGGGAUUCCAGGAAACAGCUUCAGAUACUGAGUUCUUAGAUUCACUGGAACAUGAAACAGAAUAUCCAUUCAAACAAACAGAGACACAUGAACUUGUGUUCGGAAGUUUUGUAGUUUCUGAUGCUGACUGCGAUGCACUCUCUGCUGUUAGCCAUUUUAGUGAAACAUUCAUCACAGAUGAUGAAAGGCCUGACCUUAUGCAGGAGGAAAAUGGGCUAAAAUUACAUGUUGAUGGGGAUGACAAUGCAUUGGAAGAGGCUGAUUCUCAGCAAGACUCAAGCUUAAAAUGUUUGGAAAUAAGCCACCAAAAGUCGGAAUAUUUAUCUUAUAGUCCUUCUGAUCAACUCAAUUACCAAAAUCUACUGGAAGAAACGAAUGCAGAAGCUGAAGCUAAUGACGAGUCAAAUAACUUGGGUCUCCUCGAAGAAUGUUGCGAGGAAGGUGAAUCAGAAAGUGGGCAUUUGGAAAAUGUAUCUGGACAUGAAUUAUCUCUGGUAAAUGAGCAUAAGGAUGGGUUAGCAGGGACUAUUGUUGAUAAUCACAAUGAUCACUCUUUUAUUGAAUUAUUUUUGGAGAUCAGUGGAGUCAAAGAAGUACCCAAUGGGAAAACAGUUUCAGAUGACACAGAGUCUACAAUUAAUAAGUCUGUUGCAAAUCAUGAGUCCAAUGGUAAUGGCAUAUUUGAAGUCAUUAGCUCUAGUGAUUGUCAUCAGAAUUUGCUAGAGGAUCUGCAUGUUGAAUCUGAGGAAGAGCCUGAUAUUGAAAUUGUGAUGAAAACUUGCUUUUCUGAUUCAAGUUUCCAAUCAGACACUUUUGAAGAGAAACAGGGCUCAAACCCAGAUGGAGGUGCUCCAGAAAUCGAGCAUAAAACAAAUGAACUUCCUACUCUUCAUGCACAAACUCCUGUCUGCGAAAGUGCCGAUGCUACUAAAGUUCUUUCUUCUUCUGACACGGCAAUAAAUGAUAGCUUGGGUAAAAACAGAUCCCACAGCAGGGAUUUCAUUGUCACAUCUCCUCCUCCAGCCAAUGCCGAUCAUCCUACGCUGCAGAUGGGUCAGGAGAUUCAGGUAGAAAAGAGAGCACAGCAAGAAAUCCAAGCAAGAAAGAAUGAGGAGAUAGCCACGAAGGUGGUUAGAUGGAAUUCGCAGAAAGCCUACGUCCCUCUGAGGGCCCUCCUCGCUGAAGCUAAUUUCGAGAGUGAUCGGGAGUCCACAAAAGCUGAUAACAACAAAAUGCCGACGACCACUGCUUUCGCGAAAAGCCGGUCGCUGAAAGACGAGGCAAGUUUGGCGACGUCGGCUUCUUCGAGAAGUGCUGCUGAUCGCAAAGAGUGGAGUUCCCCCGCGAGGUUACCUAAAGGCAUGGAUAAGAAGAGGAGAGCUAAAGGAAAGCAAGGUUGGGCGCCAUUUAUGUGCUGUCCCUCCACGAAUUGAGUAUCGUGGGUCGUGCUCGGUACCUUGCUUUUUUUUGAGCAGUGGGAGUUGCCGAUCUGUUAUUUUUCUCCUUUUUGCUGCAGACACGAGAAGUGUAAUUAUGUUAGUACAAGUUGUCUUUAGAGUAUAGAUCUGGUUAUUCGACGAGACUUUGCAUGAUUUUGCUAUCUAUCACUACAUUCUAGGGAACAGUUAACUGGAUUUACAUUUAUACUCAGUAGUUAAUGACAGGAUCCUUUCUUUUCUUGAUUUUAUGGUUAACCACACCAUUAA